AUGAGCGUCGUCGCCUCAACCAAGCAUAACUAUACAGGUGUGAGUGAAAAACAGGUAGGAAAGUCACCCUCGUCGAGUAUCUCGCUUUCGUCGUCGGAAGGUGCAAGUAUGGCGACAAACAUCGAACAGAAUUCCAGAAUCGCAAAAAAUCAGCUUCCGAGAAGUGCGAGUUUGGCAAAGGAAUUGAGUAAUGAGACUGAUAUUAUGGCUUGGAUCGACCCAAUCCCAGCCAAGCCGCCUAGCUACAAAGUGUGCAACGCGAAUCGUAGGAUUCGCUUCCCAGUGUACGAGCAAGAAUCGGAUGGAAUUCUUCCAGCUUAUUCACCAGGUGUUGAAGCCAUCACAGUAAUUUCUAUGAAAGCAGAAUGGCUUUCUCCAUACGAGCACUCUCCGUCUCGUGGCUGGAAAAAUUUUAUUAUGGAACUAAACUCGACCCAGGUCAAUUUUUAUUGCAUAGAUCCGUCCCUUACCAGGAAUAUUCGCAACUACUGUAACGGGAGAGCACAUUUUGGGGGCGAAGUUAUUGAACCUGCUUUAGAAUACGACGCUCAUCAAUCCUUUUUUUCAUCGUUGGGCUCAAAAAGUACUUAUCAAUUCAACAAGCAAGAUCAGGAGUGGAUUACGAAUAAAGUCAGGAGUGAUGCAAAGAAAUACUUGACUGAUGACCGUCUAUUCAAGUCAUUUUCACUUCAAUUUGCAAAAUUUGGCAUCCCUACCGAUUACAACAGAAAAACCUUUGUUCUCAGGCUACGGUGUGAGAUGGAACAAUUUCUACUCAACUUCUCUCAUGUCGAUGACAUGAUCAUGUGGAGCGUUUAUUUUAGUAUAGGAAUUGGAAUAUCACUGGAUUUGGACUUCAGGGAACUGCCCUCGUAUCGUACUGUACCUAGAAGGAGAAGAAGACGAAGAAGAAAAAGACAAAAUGGAACUUCACAUGCCGGUGAAAUUUCUGGAUUUAGGAGGAGCCCCGUCGGUACACCAAUUGAGAGACCGAUCUUGCAUCAAAAAUUAAGCUCUGGGAUUUUGGGUCUGAACUCGAAAGGAACUAAGUCGAGCAAAUCUUCCGGAUGCUCCUCCAAUAGCCGAAGGGGAAGUGAUGGAUCAAUCAAAUCCAAGCUCAAGAGCUUUUUCGGUAGUGACAAAAAGAGUCCGCGGCCUGUUUUAAGAUACGCACAUUCCAGGACCCAAAGCGUUCGAGCCUUGAACGCCGUAACCGAAGAUGACGAAAACGAAGAAUCACCUUCCCCCUUUUCAGCGUCGAGCUCUCCCAAAAAAUCGGCGAAGACUUUCGAAAGGCCUGCUUUGGAGCAGCGUUCGAAGUCAAUGGGAACGCAAGAAAACGGCAAAGUAGCCGGUGACUAUUUCAGCAUGGUACCUCCAUCUUAUCACGACGAUACACCUUCAGGAGCGUGUUCUCCUAUUUCGCCAUGCAGUGAUAUGUUGCAUGGCACUGAGGCCGCCCCCUCUGGUGGAUUGCAAAAGCAAGUUGGUUACCACAAUAAUAUCGCAUUGCAACGCGAAUUGGAGGAACUUCAGCAGGUAAUUAUGGAGCACAAUGAAACGGAAGAAGAUGUUCAACCCGAUUAUGCUGCCAACGAUAAUGAUGAUGACGACGAUGAUGAUGACGACGAUAUAAGAGACGACGAAGAGGAGGACGACGGUAGAGAAGAUGAAGUUGAGGAUGUCGAUAGCAUUCGGAGGAGCGCUGGCGGGGCGGCCUCUUCAAUUUAUCAAGAAGAAGGAAUUUUUCAUGACAGUGAGGAUGAUUUCAUUUACGUGAUUGACAGGAAUGACGAAUACAGAAGAAGAGCUUCAUCUGUCACCAGCAAUUUGAGUAGUACGCCGUACGGGAGUGACGGUGUAAAAUGGCGUCCCAGUAGGAAGGAGAUGUCGAGAAGAAGAUACAUUAGAGAUUCCUUACGCUGUAUCAAACCAUUCUCAGACGAAGAAGAAUGGCUUGGAAAAGUCGCUGUUCGCCCUGUGUCACCUCCCACUUUUACGACGAUAAAUGUCCCUUUUGCUCUUUUUGCAGUUGGUCCGGGAAAGGGCACACAUCUCAUAGCUCCUAAAACGUCGAAAACAAAGAAUGGAGAAAAACCCGACUGGACCAAAUGCAAAAAUCAUUUCGUGAAAGCCUAUAUUGUUGGUCCGGUAGGUCUACUGAAAGCCAGAGCACGGAUUUGA